AAGUAAUUUGUAUAUACCAAAAUCUAACUCACUCUACUCUUGUGUGUAGUUAGCUUCGUCGUUAAGUACAAUAUAAGAGAGAUGAAGAAGACAUUUCUGAUAUUUUUGGUAGAAUAAGUAACCUGAUUAUAACUUACCACUUUAUAUUAUAUCAAGGGAAAGUUAAAAGUGUUUGAAAAAAGAAGAAUAUAUUUCUGAUCAUAGUAACUUGAUUAGACCAUAGAGUAUAUAGUUUGUAUUUUGAGGUUAAGAACUUGUCAAGAACUGCUAUAUUGCUAGAGGAAGUUCUAAUAGGAUUUAUUUUCAAUUUCCCUACAACAUGACGAUAUAUGAAUACGUAUCAACACUUUCUGAUAAUCCUUACUUUGGAGCUGGGUUUGGUUUGUUUGGAUUAGGAGCUGGAGCUGCACUUUUAAGAAAGGGAUUUCAGACUUCUCUAAUUUUAUUCAGAAGACAUUACAUGAUUACAUUAGAAGUUCCAUGUAGAGAUAAAUCUUAUCAGUGGCUUUUGCAGUGGAUGACAGUUAAAGGUGCGAGACAGACUCAACAUUUAAGUGUAGAAACUAGUUUCGAGCAAAAAGACUCUGGACAUGUCAAGACUAAAUAUGAUUUCAUCCCCAGUAUUGGUACACAUUUCUUUAAAUAUGGUUCUACAUGGAUACGAGUUGAAAGAACUAGAGAACAACAUACUCUAGAUUUACAUAUGGGAAUUCCUUGGGAAACUGUUACCCUUACUGCAUUUGGAACAAAUAAAUCUGUAUAUUUCAACAUAUUAGAAGAAGCUAGGCAGAUGGCAUUGAAACAGCAUGAAGGAAAAACACUGAUGUACACUGGUUUGGGCAGUGAAUGGAGACAAUUUGGACAACCAAGAAGGAAGAGACCUAUAAAGUCAGUAGUUCUGGAUGAAGGCAUAAGUGAGAGAAUCAUUAAUGAUUGCCAAGAAUUUAUUUCAAAUCCCUCAUGGUACACUGAUAGAGGAAUACCUUAUAGACGAGGUUAUCUUUUAUAUGGACCACCUGGUUGCGGUAAAUCAUCCUAUAUAACAGCAUUGGCUGGAGAACUAGGUUUUUCAAUAUCGGUCUUGAAUUUGUCAGAGCGAGGUCUUACCGAUGAUAGACUCAAUCAUUUACUGAGUGUUGCACCACAACAAACGAUAAUAUUACUGGAGGAUAUUGAUGCCGCCUUCGUUUCUAGAGAGGACACUCCUAAGCAAAAAGCUGCUUAUGAAGGAUUAAAUAGGGUCACUUUCAGUGGACUUUUGAAUUGCUUGGAUGGUGUGGCCAGUACAGAGGCAAGAAUAGUCUUCAUGACCACAAACUACUUGGAAAGGUUGGAUCCAGCUUUAAUAAGACCUGGAAGGGUGGAUUUGAAGGAGUAUAUUGGAUACUGUUCUUCCCACCAAAUUGAACAGAUGUUCCUAAGGUUUUAUCCUGGAGAAAAUGGUGAGAAACAUGCAAAAGUAUUUGCACAUACGGUGGAAUCUUAUGGUAAACAAGUAAGUCCUGCUCAGAUUCAGGGUUUCUUCAUGUUCUACAAGCAUGAAAAGCCUGAAUUAGUUCUGAAGAAUUGUGAAAAAAUAUGGGAACUCUGAAGAUAGAAAAAUAUAGAUUUCAAUCAAAAAUGUUAAAGUUUUUUUGUGGAUUACAUUGUAAAUUUUUCAAUAUAAUUUAUUGUUUUUA